AUGGAAGAAAAACUGGAUACAAUAGAUGACGACUAUUUAUUGCGUUUACAAGAAAUUCUGUUGAGGAUUCACAGGAAUUAUUUUAAAGCUUAUGAUCUUUUUCAACUUCAUAAUGGAAAAAAGUCAAUCAAGACAGCUGAUAAGAAGGAGAGUGGGCAUUCGUCAGAUCUAUCACUGGAGGAUAAUCCUUUCAAAUUGUCUUCAAAUGAUUGUACUGGAAAUGUGGACAUAUCAUAUGCUUGUUUACCACAUGUUUCUGAUGUUAUUGCAAAGUUAAGAAAAACUGUUCUUGGUCCUACGUGUCAUGUAACCCUUUCUGGCUUAUCACCUGCUCACUUCCCUGCUGAUCGAUGUUUAGCUGGUCGAAUUGUUCGUAGUUUAGGUGGUAUAUUACAUGCUGGUUUAAGAUUGCCUUCGUCUACUCAAGGAGACAAUAAUAACACUAAUACUGAUAAUAAUAAUAACAGUAAUGAUGCCAACUCAUCUUUACCAGUUGAAAAUUUGAAGUCAAAGUCAGAAUCUCAUAAUAUUGCGCGUAGUGUUGGUCAUCACACUACACACUUAAUCGCCUGUCGUAGAGGCACAGAAAAGGUGCACGCUGCAUUGAAAUAUAUAGCUGAUGAUCAUUCAUCAAGUACGAAUAUACCAUCACUUUACCUUGUUUCUCCACAAUGGUUAUGGGCCUGUCAUUACCAUUGGGAGCAUGUCCCUGAAUCUAGAUAUCCCUUAAAUCAAGAUUUCCACCCAAGUGAUUUUGAUCCUGAUAUUGAACCAAUUCCAGGUACAAUAAGAUAUGCUCGACGUAUGCGAAGGUAUUACAAUCAUCAUGGAUUUCACUAUUCAUCUCACCGUAAUAAUCGUCCACGUCAUCGUCAUCAUCAUCAUCAUCAUCACCAUCAUCAUCACCAUUCGCAUCAUGAUCAUCUUCAAAAUAAACAUACUCGUAAACACUCACAUCGACACCAUCGGUCAUCUUUAGAGUUAGAACCAUCUUCUGAUGUUACCAAUGAAGUUGAACAGAAGAUACCUCGUUUAGAUCCAAGCGUGGUUCGAUCAGCAUUGGAUUCAAUCCGUACAGAGCGUGAAAAUGAUCGGAAACGUAAACUAGAAAAAAAUCUCUCUCACCAUGCUGAAAGUGCUGGAGAGAAGAAUACAUCAUCUAGUGGCAAUUUGAUCACAAAUGACCGAGAAGAAACAUCUGGGGACGAGAGCUCUUCAUCUCCAUCAUUGAAAUCUGAUUCCUCUACGGAAUUUGAUAAUGAAGGUAAUAAUCCAUCCAAGACAACAAGGUAUUUAAUAAAGGAACGAAAUUCACGAGAUAUUACACUAAAGGCGUUGGAUAUAGAGUUUCCAUGUGAACAGUUGUCAAGUGAUCAGUAUUCCACCGACCAAGAUGAUUCUAUAAAUUGUAGUCUCUGUACAAAAGACCUAUUGUUAUCAUCUCAUUCCGAAAACUCGAAUAGUUGUGAAGUCGAUCAGUCAGUAACAGAAAUCAAAGAUGAAGGUGACCAGGAUUUCGAUGAGUGCACUACAGAGAAUUGCACUGAAGUGGAAGAAGAGAAGGAAGAUGAGGAAGACAUAGUAGAACAAGAAGGGAGUGAUAAUGAAGAAGAGGAACAAUCAGAUUUAUUGAAUGAACAAGUUGAGGCAGAACAGUUGAAAGCUCAACUCAACCAGUUUUUGCCACCACCAACAACUUUAGUACUUGCUGAUAAUCCUUUGAUGCAUUUGCCUCCAGAUGCCACUGGUCAAAUGCUUGCUGAGAUUGAAGAUGCUGUUCUCGAAGAAGAGACAGAAAGGGCUUGUUCAGUACCUAGAGAGGCAGAAAUUUAUGACCCAGCUGUUGGUAGCUUCAAUGACUCAUCAAGUGAUUCAUCGUUGGACAAGCAAACUUCUUCAGUGUUCGAUAAACAGUCAGUAAAACUGACUGAAUUUUAUAAACUUCAUGGUUCACCAUAUAAAUCUGCUCAGUUAUCCAAAAAUCUCAUAGAAUGUGAUCGUAGGAAUCUAUACUGGCAGGUACAGCGGGAACUACUAGUACGCAGACGUCAUCGUGCAUCACCAGCAGAAACUGUAAAAAUCGACCGUAAAAUACGUCGUCUAGAUCAACGUUUUCGUAGAGAAGAUCGACGUCGACGUUCUUGCGAUGAUUUAGUGUUUGAAUCACUCAAACAAAUUAAUCCAGCAGACAAUGACUCUUUUAUGGAAUCGGAUAGCGAUUGUGACUCCUAUGAUGCAGAUUACCCAAAGGGUUGGGGUCCUAAUGAACAAGUACGCGACGUUGCGAAGCAUAACUUUCAAGCACAAAAACGUUGGAUUCCUGGAUCACCUAGUCACCAGCGUCGUCAGAAUAGAUCCUCUAAUCAUUUUUGUGCAUCUCCGGCUAUCCACUCAGAUCCGGAACCAAAUCACGGCUGGUGGUUGCAAGAUGGUGACGAUGCUGAGGCGAAGGAAUGGAACACUUGUCCUGAAGGUUAUGAUUAUGCUGAUGCAGAACGUACCCGAGAAAUACUUUACGACUCUAGACGCGACAGAUAUGAAUCGUGUAAAUAUGAUGGAAAUGUGGCUUAUAAAAAACGAGGGCAUGGGAACCUAACCCGUUGUCUGUUCGGCGCAGAUGACUGUCCAGAGGUUGAGGAGACGAAUCAUUCUUCAAGUGCAGAUGAUGAAGAUGAUGAAGGAGAGGACACAGAAAUUCACGUUUCCGACUUAUCAGCUGGUGAAGAUUCAGGCGAAGAAGGUGACGAUGAUGAUGACGAUGAGGAGGAAGAUUUUGCUAAUGAGUGUUGGAAUCCGUUGAGAGAGUAUAUGUGA